AUGCCUGGCGGCCGGCGGUCUUGCCCGCCUCUGGGCUCCUUUCACCUCGUCCUGGGCCCUUGGCUGCGGGGAUGGGGAGGGGAGAGUCGUGUGCGAGGCACGGGCGCUGCGGAGAGGGCCUGGCCUGUUGUCAGGGCCAGAGAGCCACUCUACUCUCAUCGCUGGGCCUUUCUGAGCAUCCCCGCCCAUCGUCCCAGCCCUGACCCACCCGGCCACCUCGGGAAUCCGGCCGGGCGGGACAGCCUCAGGCUCCCGAGAAAGGCCGAACCUCGAGGGCUCUUCCCUGGGUUGGAUUCGGGGGCCGGGGGGCGCUGGUGCCCACGCUCCUCGCUCAGCUGCGCUCCACCUGAGGCCUCGGGGGGCGCCCUUCCAGCCCACCAGCUGGCGCCUCACCGAGUCGCCGGGAAAGCGGAGCUACCUGUAGACGCGGAACACCCGCUGGGAGGUUUAGCUCUGUGGCCACGCCGGGGUUGGGCAGACCCUCCCGCGAGCCCGGGGUCCGUCCGAGUUUGGUUUCUCCGGUGGGAGGUGGUCGGGCGCCGCAGUAGCCAGGCCAACUCGAGGCCGCCCGGCGAUCCGCCCACCCCUCGCGAGCGAGAGCGCGGCCCGGCGCUGUCCCCCACCGCCCGGAGUCCCGGGAGGUCCCAGCCGGGUCCCCAGGCACGUGCUGGGCGCGGGCUCCCGGUGCGUGCGGUGGUACCACGCACUUUUGCCUUCAGCGCCGCAGGGAAGCGGGUCUCCCACGAUUCGCCUCGCCGGAGACAGCCAGGUCCCUCCCUAGGAGGCUCCCGUGUCCAAGGGCAGCUUCCAGUUCAAGCUGCUCUUCUAACGAAGCCUAUUGGUGUCGGUGACUCGGAAGACCCGGCUUACAGGAGAUUUACGCAGCCGAGGGAGGACAAGACCCGGGCGCCUCCCCAGGAGGGAGAUGUGCCCCUUCUGGGCCAAGUAGGCUUGGCCCAGCCCUUGCGCUGA